AUGGGGUGGGUUAUGAGUGAGCAUUUGAGUGGGGGCAGAUUGGUGGAAAAGUCUGGACUGUGGCGGCUGCCGGAGACGGUGGUGAUAGCCAUAGGUGGGAGGGCGGGAGUGAGGGCCGUGCUGCUCCACCACAGUCUCCGCAACACUGUCCACGCCCUCUACCUCGCCCUCAACCACGAUGCCUCAAUCCACGCCCUCACCCAUGCCUUCUUCCACGCAGUGCACGACUCUCCACUCCAAACUUAUUUAUGCCUCAGGUGGCUCCUGGUCGAGGAAGCAGCUUCAAUAAACAGUGGCGUGAGGGUGUACAGGCGGUGUCUAUACUGCAACAACGGGGAAGCUGACGCCCAACUCGUCCACAAUAUGAACAUCAACUCAUUCGACCUUCCCUGGGACGACCUUUUCCAAGAAGAACCCUUUCAAGACUUUAUGGGCAACAAAAUGAAAAUAGUAACACCUUCACCCUACUUCCCAUACGUGGACUACCAGCGAGUGAGCGAGGCCCCGGGCACAGCCGUCCUGCUGGUGGACUGCCUUGAUGCCCGGCUCAUCCACACCUUCGCUGACAAGCUCAACUUCACCUUCAACGUUCAGGAGGAUAUGAACCGCACCUUGGGCGUGGAGAGGAACGGCUCCUUCAGCGGCAUGAUAGGUCUCCUCCAGCGGGAGGAGAGGGAGUUCUCCACCAUUUCAGCACCAACGGCAAAGCGCCUCAAAGCUGUGGAUUAUUUAAUGAGUUAUCCCUCUGAUCCUUUCAUUAUUGCCUCCCUCAAGCCGACGCUGCUGCCAAAAAGCCUGGCUCUCGUACGUCCCUUUACAGGUGAGCUAUGGGUGACCCUGCUGGUGAGUGUGGUGGCGUGGGGCGUGACUCUGUGGCUGCUGCAGAGAGCGUGGCAGUGGGUGGCUGGAGGGCGUCCGGUGGGACUUGUCACAUCUCUCAUGUACGGCUAUGGAGCUCUCCUGCAAAACCUGCCUUCAGACCCCUCUGCCAGCAUCUCUGGCAGGAUGUUGGUGGGGUGGUGGCUUGUGUUCUGCUUGAUAGUCACUACAGGGUUCAGUUCCUCUUUGAUGGCUCACCUUACUGUACAAGGCAGGUCCCGGCCACUAGAGACCUUCGAGGACCUGGUGACCCAGCCAGGAUGGAGGUGGGGAACUGUUUCCUGGAUGCUGACGGAAGCGGUUGUUGAUUACUUCGUGAAGCAUCCAAAUCCUGCAGUUAAUCAAGUUUAUCAUAAAAUGGAGGUCAUAGAGGAGGACGAGGCGCUGAAGAAGGUGCUGGCAGGGAAAUUUUCUUUCAUAAGUUUCAAGAACUUCGUCACCGUGAACGUGGCAACUCACUUCACGGACGAGAGGGGCAACAAUCCCUUCCACACCAGCAGAGGCAUUCCCAUGUUUGCUGCCUUCGGAUGGUGCAUCAGGUGA